GUUAGAAAUACAUUAAUUUCAAAGAACAGAGUGACACCUGGCAUUCUGUUAGCAAAAAAGCAGUCAAAAAAGUCACUCUCACUUGAUUUCUUCCCUAAUCAGUUUUAUUUCCAUUGGCUAAUUUUGGAUUCUUUAUAUUCUCCGAUGUUAUCGCCGGCGAAAUGUGAGUCAGAAGAAGCUCAAGCUCCAUUAGAUCUUCAUUCUUCUUCUGGAUCUGAACCGGAAUGCCUCUCUCUCGUCCUCUGGUUACCCAAUCCCGAAGAAGCUGCUCCGUCGUCUAGUAGAGAACUCACGAAGCUCCCCGACGACGGAGAGAUGAGUUUGAGGAGAUCUGCGAGGCUUAAUUGUAAUUCGCCUGAAGAUAAUGGAGGAGAAGGUGGAGUUUCGCAGAGGAAGUCCUCUCGUGGCAAGCCGCAGCCGCUGCUUAUGUUGACGAACGGUUGUCAGCUUCGGAGGUCGCUGAGAUUUAGGCCGGUCGAUGGAAAUUUCGACAGUGUAUGCUCGGUUCCGGUCACCGGAAAGUUUGGGUCGAGGAAGAGAAAGAGUAAUAGUGCUCUCGAUAAGAAGGAAAGCUCAGAUUCUGAGGGAUUGACAUUCAAAGACAUAGCUGUAAUUGCCAAGAGCCUGGAGAUGGAAAUCAUUUCCGAGUGCCAAUAUAAGAACAACGUUGCUGAGGGUAGAUCAAGAUUGCAAGAUCCAGCCAAGAGGAAAGUUGACAGUGAUACAUUAUUAUCUUCAAGCAUCAAUAGUUCUAAACAGAGUCUCGGCAGCAAUAAACGAAUGAGGAGAUCUCAAAGAUUCAUGAAGGGAACGGAGAAUGAGGGAGAAGAAAAUCUAGGCAAUUCUAAAAAACAAGGGAAGUCUCUGGCAUCUGGGAGCCCAUUCAGAAGAUCUCCAAGGCUAUCUGGAAUUGUUGAAAAUGGCCACACAGAAACUUUGAACUCAAUAAAAGAUUGUAGCCCAGCAUUAUGUGGUGCGGAACAGGUGAGCGGAACUGAGAAGCUGGUGCAAAUUAGUGAGAAUGAUAACUGUUGUGAGGCUAUAAAGAAAUGUGAAGGUGAAGGCCUAGUUUCAUCCAAGCAAGAGCUAUUAGUUUUUUCUUCGGGUUGCUUCAAGAAAACUCUAAAUGGUUGUAGGGACAGAACGUUAGGAAAACCCAGAUCUUCUGACCUAAAUGCGGAUGAUAUUCACACUAGCUCUUUGAAAAUUAGCAAAAAUGUUACUAGUAAUGGAUUAACUAUGACGACCGGGUUAGUGGAGCAAGAAGCAAUGGAGUCUAUACUUCAGGGUGAGACUAGUGCUUGUGAUGCUGCUGAUAAGGGAACAACUAGGGAGAUGCAUGUAAAUUCUACUGUGAUCUAUCUCUCUGACACCGAUGAACCCUCUUCUAUUGAAUAUGUGUAUAUGAAAAGUUCAAAUGGAGAUAAUUUGACACAAGUCGAAAGUGGACGUACCCUCUCCUCUGGGGGGAAUGAGGGAAUCGUUUCAUUAGAUCUGAAUAGUCCAACGAAAUCAACCAAGAGAAAGGGUAAAAGGGUAACCCGGACUGCUGUCCAAGAGCAGAACAAACGUAGUAUCUGUUUUUUCAUUGGAGAGCCAAUUUCUUGCGAGGAGGCUCAAGAAAGAUGGCGCUGGAGAUAUGAUCUCAAGGAACGCAAAUCUAAGAGUAGAGGCCAACAAUCAGAGGAUGACGAAGACAAGAUUGUUGCAAAUGUGGAAUGCCAUUAUUUGCAAGCAAAAGUCGACGGUCACACCUUUAGCCUUGGAGACUUUGCCUGCAUAAAGGGUGAAGAAGAAGAGACCCAUGUUGGCAAGAUACUAGAGUUUUUCAAGACAACAGAUGAAGAAAGCUACUUCCGAGUUCAGUGGUUUUACAGAGCAACGGAUACAGUGAUGAAACAGCAGGCUACUAAUCAUGACAAAAGGCGUCUCUUCUAUUCUACCGUAAUGAAUGACAAUCCAGUAGAUUGUCUUAUUUCUAAAGUUACUGUUUUACAAGUUUCACCUAGGGCCGGAUUGAAGCCCAAUUCUAUAAAAUCUGACUACUAUUUUGAUAUGGAGUAUUGCGUGGAGUAUUCAACAUUUCAAACCUUGAAAAAUCCUAAAUCGUCCGAAAACAAGCUUGAGUGUUGCGCCGAUGUGGUACCUACAGAAUCCACUGAGUCUAUUUUGAAAAAGAAAACUUUUAGCAGAGAGCUUCCUGUGCUUGAUCUUUACAGUGGUUGUGGUGGAAUGUCAACUGGGUUAAGUCUUGGAGCCAAAAUAUCUGGUGUUGAUGUCGUGACGAAAUGGGCUGUUGACCAGAAUAUGGCUGCCUGUGAGAGCUUGAAAUUGAACCAUCCAAAUACACAGGUUAGGAAUGAUGCUGCUGGAGACUUCCUUCAACUUUUGAAGGAGUGGGAUAAAUUAUGCAAGCGCUAUGUGUUUAAUAAUGAUCAGAGAACUGAUACAUUAAGAUCCGUAAAUUCUAUAAAAGAAACCAGUGAAAGUAGCUCUUCUAGAGACGAUGAUUCAGAUUCUGAGGAGUACGAAGUGGAAAAGCUGGUUGAUAUAUGCUUUGGUGAUCCUGACAAGACAGGAAAAAAUGGCCUGAAGUUUAAGGUGCACUGGAAAGGAUACAGAAGCGACGAGGAUACAUGGGAACUAGCAGAGGAAUUGAGUAACUGUCAAGAUGCCAUUCGGGAGUUUGUAACUAGUGGAUUUAAGUCCAAGAUCUUGCCACUUCCUGGUCGUGUUGGUGUGAUAUGUGGGGGACCUCCAUGCCAAGGAAUUAGUGGCUAUAACCGCUAUAGGAAUGUUGAUUCUCCGUUGAAUGAUGAAAGGAAUCAGCAAAUUAUAGUUUUCAUGGACAUAGUGGAGUAUCUGAAACCCUCGUAUGUGUUGAUGGAAAAUGUUGUUGAUAUUCUGCGUUUGGACAAAGGUUCUCUUGGGCGAUACGCUUUGAGCCGUCUUGUGAACAUGAGAUACCAAGCAAGGUUAGGUAUCAUGACAGCUGGUUGCUAUGGUCUUUCCCAAUUUCGAUCCAGAGUUUUCAUGUGGGGAGCUGUUCCAAACAAGAACCUACCUCCGUUUCCGCUUCCAACCCAUGAUGUUAUUGUCAGAUAUGGGCUUCCACUUGAGUUCGAGCGGAAUGUAGUUGCUUAUGUUGAAGGCCAACCCAGGAAACUUGAGAAAGCUCUUGUUCUAAAAGAUGCGAUAUCAGAUCUUCCUCAUGUAUCAAACGACGAAGAUCGGGAGAAAUUGCCUUAUGAAAGUCCCCCCGAGACAGAUUUUCAGAGAUACAUUAGAUCAACCAAACGCGAUUUGACAGGCUCUGCAACUGAUAACUCUAACAAAAGGAAAAUGCUACUGCAUGAUCACAGGCCGUUCCAUAUAAAUGAAGAUGAUUAUGCCCGAGUUUGCCAAAUCCCAAAGAGAAAGGGAGCUAAUUUCAGGGAUCUUCCAGGGUUAAUCGUCAGAAACAAUACAGUCUGUCGUGACCCAUCAAUGGAACCGGUUAUUCUGCCAUCAGGAAAGCCUUUGGUACCAGGAUACGUCUUUAAUUUUCAGCAAGGGAAAUCUAAAAGACCGUUUGCCCGUCUUUGGUGGGACGAAACAGUUCCAACUGUUCUAACAGUCCCAAACUGCCACAGUCAGGCGUUAUUGCAUCCCGAGCAAGAUCGAAUGCUAACCAUAAGAGAAUCUGCACGGCUUCAAGGUUUCCCUGAUUACUUCCAGUUUUGUGGAACCAUUAAAGAAAGGUAUUGUCAGAUUGGAAAUGCAGUGGCAGUCUCGGUUUCUCGUGCUUUAGGGUAUUCUCUUGGUAUGGCAUUUCGUGGUCUAGGCAGCGACGAGCAUCUGAUAAAACUUCCCCAAAACUUUUCCCAUUCAACUUACCCUCAGCUUGGACAAGUUUUCCUCGAUAGCUUCACUUCCCGAGAAUCAAAUUCCUCCAAGCCUUUCCUCAAAUCGUUUUCCUCAGUACCGAGCUCAGGGAUUGAGCAAGAUGUCGCAGCUUCUCUUAACCAAGAUACUCGCAUUCCCGCUACAGUUAUCACAGGAUUCCUCGGUUCUGGAAAGACAACUCUGUUAAAUCAUAUUUUGACUUCAAAUCAUGGGAAGCGUAUAGCAGUCAUAGAAAAUGAGUUUGGGGAAGUUGAUAUCGAUGGAUCUCUGGUUGCGAGCCACUCUUCUUCCUCUGAUGAUAUAAUCAUGGUGAACAAUGGUUGCUUAUGCUGUACUGUUCGUGGCGAUUUAGUCAAAAUGCUUCUUGACUUGGUUAAGAAUAAAAGAGACAAAUUUGACCAUAUUGUCAUCGAAACUACAGGGCUUGCGAAACCUGGUCCCGUUAUUGAAACGUUCUGUAGUGAUGAAUUGUUACCGAGAUAUAUCAAAUUAGAUGGUGUUGUUACACUUGUUGACUCUAAACACGCGAUGCGGCAUUUGAAUGAAGUGAAACCGAGAUUUGUUGUCAACGAGGCAGUUGAACAAAUUGCUUAUGCAGAUCGUAUAGUUUUGAAUAAGAUUGAUUUGGUAUCCAAGCCGUCCAAGUUGGAGCACUUAACUAAAAGAAUCAAGCAAAUUAACUGUAUGGCACCCAUCAAACACACCAAAUUCGGAGAUGUUGAUAUGGAUUUUGUCUUAGGGGUUGGAGGUUACGAUCUUGAGAGAAUUGAUUCAGAAGUCAAUGGAGAUGGCUUGAGUUGUGCAGAGGAUCAUGAUCAUCAUCACCAUCAAUGCAGUCAUGGAAAGCACAAAGAACAUCAACAUGAUCAUGUUCAUGACUCUGCUGUCACAAGUGUUAGCAUAGUUUCAGAAGGAAAACUUGAUCUUGAUGAGGUUGACGAUUGGUUAGAAAGAUUAAUCGAAGAAAAAGGCGAUGAUUUAUACAGAAUGAAAGGUGUUCUCUCGAUCGAUAGCUCUGAUCAACGGUACAUUUUUCAGGGAGUCCAUUCGAUGUUAGACGGAUGUCCAGGAAAAUCAUGGGGACCCGGAGAGAAGCGGAUAAACAAACUUGUGUUUAUUGGAAGAAACUUAGAUGAGACCAUUCUAAAGAAAGGCUUCAAAGGUUAUCUAAUAUAAAAGGUAAGAACUCGGAAACAGGCCGGUCAUGUUUGUGUGUGUAUAUUUGGGUCUUGUAAGAAAGGAGUGAUGUUGCA